GCCCGUUGUUCACACUGCCGACAAAAUAACAUAAAACAAGACGCCGCUCCAUCGGCCGUCUUCUUGUCAUAACAUCAAUCUUCAUCUCUGGGCAUCGUGUAUGAUACUGAUAUCCACGUUCACAACAAAUUCACAAUGGCCUCAGUCUCGGACCAUAGCGGCCCCAAGGGCAAGGCCCCAACCCCACCGACCACAUCCGGCAAUGGAGGUUUCCAGGCCCAGCAGCCCAUGCGUGUCGAGCCUCCCAAGCCCGAGGAUCUUCAGCGGAGCUAUGCCAGCGUCGUCGACGAGGCGCACUUCCCGGGCUGGUACGGAGCCAUGAUCGACUGCCUCGGCGAGGUUAUCGGCACCUUGGGCGCCAUUCCCUGCUGCAUCUGUUUCCCCAACCCCUUCAAGAGAGUCAAUCAGGGCCACGUCGGCCUGGUCACCAAGUUCGGCCGCUUCUACAAGGCCGUCGAUCCGGGCCUUGUCAAGAUCAACCCGCUGAGCGAGCAUCUCACCUCGGUCGACGUGAAGAUCCAGAUCGCCGAAGUGGGCCAGCAGACGUGCAUGACCAAGGACAACGUCACGCUCAACCUGACCAGCGUGAUCUACUACCAUGUCGUCUCGCCCCACAAGGCCGCCUUCGGCAUCUCCAACAUCCGCCAGGCCCUGAUUGAGCGGACCCAGACGACGCUGAGGCAAGUCGUGGGUUCUCGCAUCCUGCAAGAUAUCAUCGAACGGCGCGAGGAGGUCGCCCAGAGCAUCGGCGAGAUCAUCGAGGACGUGGCCACCGGCUGGGGCGUGCAGGUCGAGAGCAUGCUCAUCAAGGACAUCAUCUUCAGCCAGGAGCUGCAGGAGUCGCUCUCCAUGGCCGCCCAGAGCAAGCGGAUCGGAGAGAGCAAGAUCAUUGCCGCCAAGGCCGAGGUUGAAGCAGCCAAGCUGAUGCGCCAGGCCGCCGACAUCCUGUCGUCCGCGCCGGCCAUGCAGAUUCGCUAUCUCGAGGCCAUGCAGGCCAUGGCCAAGAGCGCCAACAGCAAGGUCAUCUUCCUGCCCGCCGCCAACCAGACCAUGCCCAGUACCGCCGCCUUCAACGCCGCCCUGUCCGGCAACAACAACAACAACAACAUCAACGACCCCUUCGCCGAGGGCAGCAGCACUGCCGACCCCUCCGGCGCCGGCGCCGGCGACUCGGGCUUCCAGCAGGCGCUGCACGCCAGAAUAAUUGAGAACAUCUGA